CAUAGUGUUACGUACAGGAUCUCAAACCGAAAAAGAUUUCAUGAAGUUGCCCUCCCUGCGUAAGUAAAGAAUUAUAGUGGAUUUUUUCGAUUGGUCCACAUUUUACCAGGAACGCCUUUGUCUUUUUUGGAGUUUUAUGAUACUAUCAUUGGCCAGUUGACACAUGGGUGUGGCUGUGUACUAAUUUUGUAGAAGUGUAUUGAAUGGUUUCAUAUCAGCGUUUUUAUAGACGAUAUCCCAAAUUACCUGUAAUAAUUGAUGGACAUGGAUUACACAGCAACCCAAAGUGGGUUCACACAGUAUCCCAAAUUGAGGAUGAGGAACACGUCAAAGGACAGGACAGAUCCCAGCCAGCUGUUUGACGACACCAGCGCAGCGCCAGGGGUGGAGCCCGCUGGGUUCCCGGGCCAGGGUGUUGGGGCGAUGGGCUACCCCGGCCAGACCCUCCUCUCAGACCCCAUGUCCAACUUGGCCAUGGCGUACGGAAGCAGCCUGGCCAGCCAGGGCAAAGACUUGGUAGACAAAAAUCUGGAUCGUUUCCUCCCCAUCUCCAAAUUGAAGUAUUACUUUGCUGUGGACACAGUUUACGUGGGCAAGAAACUCGGACUGCUAGUCUUCCCCUACAUGCACCAGAACUGGGAAGUGAGCUACCAACAGGACACCCCAGUGGCUCCACGCUUUGAUAUCAACGCUCCUGACUUGUACAUUCCAGCAAUGGGUUUCAUCACGUACAUCCUGGUUUCUGGGUUAGCACUUGGAACACAAAACAGGUUUACCCCUGAGAUCCUGGGCAUGCAGGCCAGCUCGGCCCUGGUGUGGCUCAUCAUGGAGGUGCUGGCUAUCCUCCUCAGUCUCUACCUGGUCACAGUCAACACAGACCUCACCACCAUCGACCUUGUGGCCUUCUCCGGAUACAAAUAUGUUGGGAUGAUUGUAGGGGUCGUGGCAGGUUUACUAUUUGGUCGAAUGGGGUAUUACCUAACGCUGCUAUGGUGCUGUAUAUCCAUCUUCAUCUUCAUGAUCCGCACGUUGAGACUAAAGCUCCUGUCUGAGGCAGCAGCCCAAGGCGUGUUGGUCCACGGGGCCAGGAACCAGCUGAGGAUGUACCUGACCAUGUCCAUCGCAGCCGCCCAGCCCAUAUUCAUGUACUGGUUGACCUAUCACCUGGUCGGGUAAAACCACGGGCUGACCAGGAGUGUUUCAUCUGACAAGACACUACCUCUCUAUGGAAAGAUAAGACUGUUCACUGACCAUCACAUCUCCCAACCAUUCGCUGCGGAUGUGCGGGACACUUGCACAGAUAAAUAAAAACACACAAAUGUCAUUGUGGAAUCAGCAUUGCCAAGUCUCACAGCACAACUGUAACAGUAGGGUUGACUUGUCUUUUUGUAUAGUUUUUUAUGUAAUUGUCUAAAAAUAAUAAUUGACUGGCUUGUCAUGUUUUGUAUACUGUAAUUUAGUCAAUUAUGUUUUCUAAGCAUUUGUGAACAUAUGGUUGUAUAUUAGCAAUCUAGCUUGGGUCCUCAAUCUCAAAAGCUUUGACUGAGCCAAGGAUGGAAGCACAGUUAAGGCAAAUGUAUAGCCUACGUAAGUAUGCAACGCAAUUAGCUACGCAAAAUGGCUGUCCUGCAGAAUUGCAUUGCAGAAUUUGCAGCCUAAAAUUUGUAACGUGUCACAACUACGCAGGGAAGCCAUUUUGCAUGACUAAUUGCGUUCUUGCGUUACACACUUACGUUGACUGAAAGGCUUUAGCAUAAUUUGCCUGCGCCGUCCAGUGAACACAAAAUAAGCACUCUCAAUGUCCUUAUUCAUAGGAUGAUGUAUUUAAACAGAUUUGUGGAUGUGUUGUUUGUAAAUAGAAAAAAAAAUGUUGUACAUGUCUGACGUCUUGGUGAGACAAACUGAAGCCCAAAUAAAGGCUUUCUAUCAUGUAACAAAGUCAUUAAGUAAUCUUAAAUUACAGCUGAUGCUUUUUUUAAAUAAGCUUGACAAAAAAGCAUGAGCAUAUGACACUAAUUGAUAUUCAUGUUUCAAACUGGAAAAGGGAACAUGAAAAAAUAUACAAAGGUUUAGAUGUUAUAAUUACUAACUUCCAUUUGAAAUGUAGGCUUAAUUACUAGAAAUAUCAUGCUAAAAUGGUGUUGCGUUGCCAUGCUUCAAUUGCUUCUAUGAAUAAUUGAUAUACAGAAACGUAAUAACAUGGAUCCUCUUAUGCUCUACAACCUGAUAAAUAAACUGAAGCUGGAGUACACUUAAAAAAUAUAUAUAUAUAUUUAACUGUUAUGAAGCUGAAUAUGUCUCAUGUCCAAUAUCACUAACACACACUCAAACUUUGAUUUUCAUUGAUCCAACAAAUUUUCCCAACAGGAAAUAAGCUAUAAUGGUCUAUGGUUAGGUUGUAUCUAUGUAAGAUUAACACCUUAGCCCUUUUCCCUCUCUGCCCCAAGUUAGGAUGAUAUGAUAAAUCCUGCUUAUCUUGACAUUAGCAGAUGUAUUUGACAGAUGUUCCUGUCAAUCUUGAUCCAACACUCGGAGGGUCGGCAUUCCAAACCAGAUGCAUCAUACUCUGUCACAUGGCACAUUCAGAUAACAGAAGCCAUGAUUUACACCUUGCAUUAACAUGUGGUUGUCAUCAUGGACUGCUAUCUGAUCAAGAUUUGUUGUCUACAUAUGGUAAUAAAAUGUGUAUUUUAUCUGC